GUGCCGCGGCCUGGCCCCGCGGCGGCCGUGCGGGGAGCGGCGAUGCGCGGACUGCGGCGCCAGCUAAGCCGCCUCGGGCCCCGCCUCGGCCCCUGGGCGGUGCCGCGGAGCCUCCGUGGGGUUUUGAGGGCGGCCGGGCCGUGGCGGGGCCAGUCCUCGGCAGGCUCCGUUUCCGAGCGUGGCGGUGCAAGCAUGGAGGAGGUGCUGCGCCGCUCCGUGCCCCUGCUGCCGCCCUACGAGACCAAGGAGAAGGCGCCGCCUCCGGCCGAGCGGCGCAGCGCGGAGUUCGUGCUGUACUACCGCGGCCUGGAGGCCGGGUCGCCCAGGGCCGAGCUGCUCGGCUGCCUGGCCCGCGACUUCGGCGCCGAUCACGGCCGGGUGGCGGAGUUCAGUGCCAAGGUGCUGCAGGCUCGGGAGCAGGAGAGGGAGCAGGGGGCCCUGCUGCAGGCCGAGGACCGGCUCCGCUAUUACCUGACCCCCCGCUACCGGGCGCUCUUCCAGCACCUGGGGCGCCUCGAGGGCGGGCUACGCUUCCUGGUGGAGCUGAGGGGCGACCUGGUGGAGGGGCUGGCGGCAAAGGCGGUGGAUGGGCCUCACGUCAAGGAAAUGAGUGGUGUUCUGAAGAACAUGCUUUCAGAGUGGUUUUCAACAGGAUUCCUAAAUCUGGAACGGGUCACGUGGCAAUCACCUUGUGAAGUGCUCCAGAAAAUUAGCGAUUCUGAAGCUGUGCAUCCUGUUAGAAACUGGGUUGAUUUGAAGCGCCGAGUUGGGCCAUAUAGAAGAUGCUACUUUUUUUCUCACUGUGCAAUCCCAGGAGAACCACUGAUAGUCUUGCAUGUUGCAUUAACCAGUGAUAUCUCCAGCAGCGUCCAGUCCAUAGUAAAAGAUGUGGAAUCUUUAGAAACAGAAGAUGCAGACAAAAUCACAACAGCAAUUUUCUACUCAAUCAGUUUGGCUCAGCAAGGACUGCAAGGUGUAGAACUUGGCCAUCACCUCAUCAAACGGGUCGUAAAGGAGCUGCAGAAAGACCUUCCUCAGAUAAAAGCUUUUUCUUCUCUGUCGCCUAUCCCUGGAUUCACAAAAUGGCUUCUUGGUCUCCUCUCUUCACAAACAAAAGAACUGGGAAGAAGUGAACUUCUUACAGAAUCGGAACGCCAAGAAAUCUCUGAGAUCACGGAGGACUCUACUACUGAAACUCUAAAAAACCUCUUAACUAACAGUGAAUGGGUGAAAUCAGAAAAAUUAGUCAAAGCACUGCAUUCGCCACUUAUGAGAUUGUGUGCCUGGUAUUUGUAUGGAGAGAAACAUCGUGGCUAUGCUCUUAAUCCGGUAGCAAAUUUUCAUCUUCAGAAUGGCGCUGAGUUGUGGCGGAUAAACUGGAUGGGAGACACGAGCCCUCGGGGCAUUGCAGCUUCUUGUGGCAUGAUGGUAAACUACCGGUAUUUCUUAGAGGAUACAGCCACUAACAGUGCGGCAUAUCUGGGGACAAAACACAUUAAAGCCUCAGAGCAGGUUCUUUCCUUCGUGUCUCAGUUCCAGCAAAAUAGCAAGCUCUAAGUACUAAAAGAACUAGGAACAGGUAUCCUCACCUAUGAAGAGCUUUAAAAUUUACAGUGUCCAUAUUUACAUGAGAAUAUCCCUUAUAAAGAAAAUUUAGUCAGCACAGCAGGAUGCAAAAUUAUUUAAAUUAUCACUUGUUUUAUUUACAUUGUCAUAUAUUCAAAAUCUGAUUUGUUGUGCUUGAGUCACUGAGUUCUAGACAUCUGUCACAUACAAAUGAAUUGGAGGUGUGCAUUAAAGGGUGACUAAAUUCUCAAUUUCAAGACAAUGAUAACUUGUAUGGGAAAUACUAGAGCAAUACCAUUAUUCUGCUGAUAAACCUGUAUUAAUGUUGUGCUUUUGGUAGGGAUAGAGUUCAUGUUCUUCACAGAGGCUCAUAUGAUCAGGUGCCUUGGAUUUUUGAUGAAAAUAGUGGUGAUAACACACUGAUGGUUUUAGUUGUUGCAGAACAAUGCCUACCUAAAGUCAAGGCUUUUCUGCUCCUCGUGCUGCAAAGCCAGUGAGGAGGCUGCAGAUGCACAAGGAACUGGGAGGGGACACAGCCAGGACAGGAGCCCCAGCAUGUCCAGAGGGCUAUUCCAUGCCAUAUGGCUGCAUGCCCAGCAGUAAAAGCUGGGGUAAAGGAGGAAGAGGAAGCGAUGUUCAGAGCGAUGACAUUAGUCUUCCCAAGAAACCUUUACACGCAAGGAGCCCUGCUUUCCUGGACAUGGCUGGACUCCUGCCUGCUGAUGGGAAUCAGUGUAUGAAUUCCUUGGUUUGCUUUGCUUGUGUCUUUUGCUUUACCUGGUAAACUAUCUUUAGCUCAAUCCAUGAGUUCCCACAUUUUUACCUCUCUGGGUAAGAAAGGUUUUUUUUUAAAAAAAAAAAAAAAAAACAACUCUGGGGAGAGUGAGUGACCAGCUGCAUAGUGCUCAGCUGCCUGCCAGGAACCAUAACACUAACCCACAGCUUCAAAAAGAGCUGUGCUUCUCAGUUACACCACUACCAUAAGUAGAUCAGUACCAAAGCAGCUGGAAUGAAGCACUGUAUGAAAGUAAUUUUGGGGUGAAACACAUUAGGAGAACAGUAGUCUACAAUUUUAUUUCAAUAAUACUUUUUUUCUCCAUCAAACACACAAAACAUCUUAUUGUUUUCCUUUCUCAAACCCACUAAAAAUCUCAUUGAAUCUGCUUUGUUGGGAGCAUAAAAAAGCCUUGCAUUAAUGUUCUUGAAAAUCAGGUCUUCUCAGGGAAGCAGGUACGUAAUGUUAUAAUUGCACUUUAGUCUGCUAAAAUGUAAUGAGUAAGAAGGAAGUGUUCAAAUAAAAGACUUGAUAAAGAGCUUUUUUAAUGAAGAGGUAGGCGUGAUGUGUAAACCAAUAAAGUAAGAUUUCUCAUUAAA